AUGAUCAAUAUUGUGAGUUUUAUGACGGAUAUUUGGAAUCGCUCAUUCUGCUCGCAGUGUCUGAAAGAACCGGUCCAGACCACGAUGGUCCCAUGGAAAUACCGAUUACUCAAACAGGAUUCACUGACUUAUUGGGAUUCUAGUGCUUCCGUCCACAAACUUAAUCUUCAGCAGCCUACAAACGACUUCUACAAUGUGGAGGUAUACAACAAUGUGACUGUGCAGUUCUUUAUCUUACUAAAUGAUACGUUGAAUUGUCUGUCCCCUUUCAUUCCGAACAAUACCGCUUCUAUACUGGACAUCCUCUCUUUUCCCACCCCGGAGAAACUGAGCAUUAAUCGUUCUGUUUGUGCGCAAUGCUCGCAAGUCUAUCUUGAGCUUAUUCACUUUUACGAAGAAAACUUGCUCCGGGUAAACAUUGAACUUGGCGGUGGCGUAGAACUAGCUGGUCUGAGACUUGUCGAAAACAAUCGCUUUUCCGUGUGCUCUGAUAUACAAAACGCGUUGAACCGGACUCAGUGGGCCUGGGCCAAAUUGUUUGAUUGCCAUUCAGUGGAGCGGAACACUCUGGGCGCAUUUAUUCCACUCAUAGUGUGUGCAGUUGCCCUAGUCCUGUUCCACAUUAUGUCCUACACCAUUUGUCGUCAUCCGGUCCAAAUGAUGAUCUACCGACCGAAACGCGUUGAAUUGCGGCUUCGAUCGGGGAUGUCCAAUAGUCAUAUGACUGCUUCCACCACAAUUCGGGAUCACUUGUCUAAAGCACCAUCCUACGGCAGUAUGGCCUCAUCUUCAACACAAAAUGCAGUACCUACUGGGGCGCCUAAUCAGAAUAAGCAACCUGAAAGGAGAAACAGUGAUUUAUCUCAUCUAUGA